UUGGCACACCUCCUCCCCGAACUAACCACCUCCAUCACCCCAACAGGCGAACGCCUCGUGACACACCCUACCUACGAAGGAACAGGAAAGCUCGACGAUCUGGGCAUACUCUACCUCCGCGCCGCGGAUCGAUGUACCCGCGAACGCGCAUCCUUCAAAACCCGUCUCCUGCACGCAUCCCUCGAUUCCAUGAUCGAAGCACUGUAUGCAUCGAGCCAAGAGCAGCUCGACAAGGGGUUGGAAGAUGGGACUGUGCAUCUCCCUCCUAGUCUAGACGAGGGGUGUGCGUGCUGCGAUGGCCAGCCGUUUGCUGUGAUAUUGAGUGGGUUCCAUGAGGGGAAUGUGUUGUUUUUCUGGGAAGAUGAAUACAAGGCUUUCUGGGGGGAGGAGGAGAGCCGGGGGCACGGUAUGGUGGAGCAGGUUGAGCGUGCGAUGGCGCGGGAGGAGGCGAGUGUUAUUCCUAGUAUGCUUUAGAUGGUUCUGGAUGUGUUACUCCGUAGUGGAUUCAAAGUUUCCUAUGAGGGGGUUGGUCUUGGAAGUUGUCAUUCUUGUGAAACAUACUCCGGAGGCAUACUGCUAGUAAGUUUAGCAUUGAAGAAUGCCCCGCACUGAGGAUCCACUGUAAAUGAUAGUGGGAUCGCAACAGUCUGGAUCAGAAAGACAGAAGCCGAUCGGAGGUCGAUCAGGGCAAUUGGUGAG